AAUCAAUUAGUGUGUAAUUAUCAAAUAAUUUGGAAUAUAUUGUGUACAUGAGAGCAAAACAAUUAUAGUCAAAUUUGUAUCGUGUGCAAUUACAAUAUUACACCUCUUAAAAUUGUUUAAAAUCCGAAUUAAUUUAGAUAAAAUUUCUCUGGUAUUUGUAACGGAAAAUUUAAGCAAUUAGUAAAUACAACCGAGUUGCAUUAAUGUACGAAUUUUAUUACCUUAUUGGUCAAUUGAUAAAAUUGUGUUUAAAAGAAUAUGAAAACCACAAUAAAGAAUGAGAAAAAUAUGAUAAAGAAAGUAUCCAAAAUCGGAUUCCGACAUAGUCAGGCAUUGCUUUUCUUUUUUUGUCUCAUAGUUAUACACGUAACUAGAGGUACUAUGUCACUAGCAAUAGUAGCAAUGACCGAAAAAAGCUCACCAAAUCCCAAUGUGCCAGUAUAUGAUUGGAAAAAUACAAAUAUUAUUUUGUCUUCCUUCUUUUGGACCUACUUCAUUCUUCAACUUUUUACUGGAUAUAUAUUCAAAAAGUUUGGAUUCAAACAAGUUCUGUUGGUUGGAAUCUUAUGGAACAGUGCGGCGUUUGCCUCAAUACCUUUUUGUGCCAAGCUAUUAGGAGCAAAUUUAGUUAUUGCUAUCAGGAUGCUUCAGGGUUUUUUUCAAGCAUUCACUUACCCAGCUUGUCAAACAGUGUUGGGAGUAUGGGCGCCUGUAGAAGAAAGAUCAAAACUGAGUUUCCUAGUUUAUUCUGGUUCUAGUGUUGGUGCGAUGAUUUCAAUGACAGUCACUGGGUGGAUAUCAUCCAGCUGGUACGGUUGGCCAUUGGUGUUCUACAUUUUCGGCGCAUUUGGAGUAAUUUGGUGUGUAUUUUGGUUUUUCUUAGGAUUUGAAAGCCCCGCUCAACAUCCCUGGAUUAGCGAUUUGGAGAAGAAUUAUAUUGAAAACUCGUUAGAACAUACUGAGGAAAAUAAACAGGAAACUCAAAAAAUUCCAUUGAAAGCCAUAUUAACAUCCGUUCCAUUUUGGGCACUUCAAAUCGGAAAUAUGGGAAACUCAUGGGCAAAUAAUAUUAUUGAUUCGGAUAUACCAACAUUUUUUAGUAAAAUUUACGGAUUGGACAUAAAUUCAAAUGGUUUAAUUUCUGCAACACCCCAAAUAACACAAUUAGUGGUAAUGAUACUAACAGCUCCACUACCUGACUACAUAGUCAGUAAAGGUUUUGUCUCUUUAACGAACUGCAGAAGGAUUUUUCAGUUUCUUGGUGCUAUCUUGCCAUCUGUUGUCUUAAUCGGUUUGGCGUAUACAUCCAAGUCUGAAGUUGUAUUAGGAGUGAUUCUUCUCAACGUUAUAAUAGGGUUGAACUCGCUGUUACUGUACGCCUCUCAAAUAAAUCACGUAGACUUAGCACCGAAAUAUGCUGGGACAUUGGUAGGAAUUGAAAAUUCGUGUUCAAUGGGAGUGGCAAUGACGGGGCCAAUUUUUGUGCAAUAUUUUGUAACAGAGUUGACAGACAUCAAUCUUUGGCGAUAUGUGUUCAUCGUGAUGUCAAUAACGAUGACACUAACAACUCUAGUGUUUAUUAUUUUUGGUUCUGCUAAGGUUCAAUGGUGGAAUUUUACAAGAAGAAAAGAAAAUCGUAACGAUCCUUUGUGAUAAUAAAAGUAACGUUUUAAAAU